GUGGGCGCCCAUUACCACCAAAAUAAACCUAAGUGAAGGGAACAAGAGGCUUAUCUAUAUCCGCACAAAAAACAGAGUCGGUCAGUCAAGAACAAGAAGUCAAUUCAUAAAACCCAAUUUCCCUGAUUUCACGUUCAUACCCAAAAACCAAAUGGCCACCGCAGUUGAAUUGCUCCCCAGAGAGUACGGCUAUGUAGUCCUUGUUCUUGUUCUCUACACCUUUCUCAAUUUCUGGAUGGCUGGCAAAGUAGGCAAGGCCAGAAAAAUGUACAAGGUGCCUUAUCCGACCCUGUACGCUUCAGAAUCUGACAACAAAGAUGCAAAAGUUUUCAAUUGUGUUCAGAGAGGCCACCAGAACUCUCUGGAAUUGAUGCCGUUGUUCUUUGUGCUUCUGUUAUUGGGAGGUCUUAAACAUCCUUGCAUCUCAGCUGGCCUUGGUCUGCUCUAUACUGUCACCCGCUAUUUCUAUUUCAAAGGCUACUCCACCGGCGACCCCCAGAACCGCCUUUCCGUCGGGAAGUACGGGUUCUUGGCUCUGUUGGGGCAUAUUGUGUGCACAAUUUCCUUUGGGGUCACUCUUCUUCUCCGAGGAUAAACAGAAGUACCAAAACCCUCAUGGGCGUUUGGGGCUUGCCAGUGCCAUCUCAUAUGCUGCUGCUAACUUUUGGUCCCAUAGUUUGUUUUUUAUUUUGUAGUGUUUGGCUUUUGAAUAAGAAAGUGCAAGACAUAGGAAGGAGGGUGUUUCCGUUUGUAGGUUUUCAUGUCUUUAUGUUUAUGUCUGAAUGAAUUGCAUAAUUACUAUCUCAUUUUAUUUUCUUGUACUCGUUA